AUGGACGUCUCCAACAACCGCCUCUUCCGAUGGUCCAAGCCUGAAUGGCUCAACAACUCCGCCGUCCGCAAUGCAGGCGUCUACACCUCCGGCGCACUGUUCUCCCUAGGCUUCUUCUUCCUCAUCGACGCGGCCGCCUUCUCGCACAGCGCCAAGAACGGCUCCAACGUGCACGUGAAAUUCGUCGACUGGAUCCCCGGCAUCUGCUCGGCGCUGGGGAUGCUGGUAAUUAAUUCGAUCGAGAAGUCUCGGCUACAUGCGGAUAGCUUCAGUUACAGCGGGAGUGGGGUCGCGUGGAAGGCGCGGUUUGUCUUGUUUCUGGGGUUCGCGCUGUUGGCCGGGGGGCUGGCGGGGAGUGUGACGGUCAUGGUACUCAAGUAUCUGAUCAAGUCGUACCCGUUUCCCACCUUGUAUUUUGGAAUCGCCAAUGUCAUUGCUAAUGGGUUGGUGAUGUUGAGUUCGGUGGUGCUCUGGGUUUCGCAGAAUAUUGAGGAUGAUUAUACCUACAAUCUGGCUCUAUGA